AUGGCCCAGACAACGCUCGACGAGUGGGCGUCGGAACCCGUCAACCCUGAACUUGGCGGCAUCGGCGACGAUGGCACUUAUGCUCUUGGACAUGACGCUCUGCUGUGCCUCAAGGAUCUACGCAAAUGGCUCAAGUUUGCAGACGGCAAUCACAACCGCCGCGAUGUCGCCCGGUGCAUGGCAGAGGCAAACCUCGUCAAGGGUGACUUGCUGGAAAUCCUCGCAAAGAUAUCCCCGACCGUGGUAGAGAGUUCCUGGAAACACAAAAUCGCGGUCGCUGCAUUGGAACUGCUCGUACCUCUGACAUGGCCGUUUGAAAUCGACCCGACCGAAGCGACUGUCAAUCACCACCGACAUGGUCCCUACAUUCAGCUUGCCCAGAUGGGCUACAAGCGUGCAAUUCUACAGUUUGAUAGAGACAGGACACUGCAGACUGCCGUCAAGAUCGCCCUCCCUUCCAUGGCCGUACCCCUCCGAGAACGGACACCACGAGACGAGGGCAUUAUCCGCAUCGCCUUGUACUUUAUACGCAACAUUGCCAUGCUCGCACCCCCAAGUAACGUACCGAUGGAUAUUGACGAAGCUGAAGUCUCCCGGUCUGCAACCAUCGAUACGUUCCACGAGCAGGACAUAUUCCAGGCUGUCCUUAGUAUUUCAUCCAGCAUUGGCGAGGAUUUUGUCUCCCAAGACGUCAUUAUUCUGGAGAUAUUAUUCUUCCUGCUCAAGGGCAUCGAUGCCGAGAAGCUGUUCAUGGAAGACAAGAAGCUCAACUCGAAAAACGCCGAUGAACUUAAGAGCCUGAUCCAGAAGGAAAAGUCCAUGCUCGCAGGCUACGCACGCAAUGCGCCCACCCGACACAACCGAUUUGGUACAAUGAUCUGGGUAAAGCGGGAUGACGAGAAAGUUACUACAAUUUCUGGACAGGACGUGCUGGGCAAGGCGCAAGCUAGUAUGCAAAAGAUGGACGAAACAAAAAAGUGGAACAAGCCCAGGCGCCCUGGACGCAAGCAAGAUAGCAGCGAGGAGAGGGAGGAGUUUGAUCUGCCUGUACCACUAACCUCCUCCGCUCGACAACACAUCAAAGCUUUUGUCGAAGAGUUCCUCGACUCGUCCUUCAAUCCCCUGUUCCAGCAUCUUCGCAAAGCAAUUGAGCGUGAAGCUGAACGCGUCGAGACACGGCAUCCCAGACAAUUCUUUUACUUAGUCUCAUGGUUCCUGCGAGCAGAAUGUGCCCGGCGGCGAACAAUGAAGGAGAGGGCUGCUGACCCAAAGAGUCCAGAGGUCCUCUCCGCAGAGGAUGAGAGCUAUGGUUUGGUGGCCGAGGUGAUGAACCAGGAGACUUUCAUCCUGCUCAACCGCUUCAUGCAGAAGAGCCAGGAUGAGAAGGCGUGGCGAGAUUUGAACGCUGGAAUGAAGUGCUUCACCCAAAUCUUGCUCACUGUACACGAAAUGUCCGAGUCGGCGCUAGAGGACGACCAGGAAAUUGCCGAAAACAUCCAGAACCGCAUCUUCUACGAGGAAUCAACACAUGACCGGAUAGUCGGAAUCCUAAGGUCAUACAAAGACCAGGGCUUUGGCUAUCUAGAUGCGGUCACGGAGCUUUCUCACGUCUUUUUGCGAAUGCUGGAGCGCUAUGCAAAGCAGAACGUGGACAUGCAAAUUCGGUCGAAACGAAGAGCUCGCAAGAUCAAAAAGAAGAAGACGGACCAACAGGGCGAGAAUGGAGAAGAAGAGGGCCAGGUUUCCGAGACAGAAGACCUUCAGCAAGCCCACAAGACUGUUUCGGAGCGCAAAUUCGACUUCAACCGGUUUUCAGCAAAAUUCGUAAACCAGAGCAGCGUCAACACUUUUGUCGCCUUUACCAAGUACUUCAACGACCUAGACAACGAGCAGCUGAAGCGCGCCCACCGCUUCUUCCACCGGGUUGCUUUCAAGAUGGAGCUGGGCGUUCUCCUGUGUCGGGUCGACAUUCUUCAUUUGUUCAACAAGAUGAUCAAGGGUCCUGGGGGCCUUGAUCCCGAGUCGCCUGUCUACAAGGAAUGGGACGAGUUUGUCAGGCACUUCUUCAAGCAAGUAGUCAAGAAGGUGCAAGAGCGACCAGAGCUUGUAGUCGAGAUGCUGUUCAGCAAGAUGCCAGCAACUCUCUUUUUCCUUGAACAUGGAUAUGAUCGCGAGGUACCCGUCAAAACACCAAGAGCACCCGCAGAGCUAGAAGUCAAGCCUGGUAUGGAGCCACAUGAGCAAGUUGGCGUCGCUGUUGGCGUGCUUGUCAACCAAUCCAAAUCAGACGCACUCCGUUGGGUCCGGGAUGUGCUCACAUCAGCGGCUGAAGAGCGAAAGGCGUGGGAAGAGGCGGCAGAGGCACAAAAGAUCUUAACAGCAGACAUGGAGCGCCCCGAGGGUGAAGCAGAGGCUGAAAGUGAGGAGGCAGAAACAUCAAAGCCUCCGUCCAUUGUAAUCAAACACGACACUGAGGAGCGUCGUGUCGCCAUGUUCAAAGACAACAAGCUGCGACUGCUAAUGAAGCUGGUUGGCUUUGAGCGACUGGGCGAGCAGCAUGAUCCAGAUGCUACCUGGGUUGUGCCGUCAGCUCUCACUUCAGCACAGCUACAGGAAUCUAUCGACCUCAUUCGAAAGUUUGAAUUCGAUCCGCCAACCUACGAGGAUGGCAAAGCACCAGAGGAUCUGCUCCGUAGCAGGGCAGUUGCAGCGCGCCGCUCGACUCGGCGUGUGGACUUUGACGACGAAUCCGACGAUGGUAUCGACCACGACUCAGACCAAGACCACGGAGAGUACGCUCAGGGCGGUCCAACUGUGAGAGAAGGUGAUGAGCCUCGGAAGAAGCUGAAGCGACGCCGAAGGCAGCGGACACCAGUCGAGCUUGAUGACGAGGAAAAGGACCGCAGAGCUGAGGCGCGAAGAAAGAGGGAAAUCGAGAAGCAAGCAAAGGCGCUGAGUACCAUGUUUGUGCAUGACUCUGACGACGAAGACUGGGACGCUGAAAGAGAUGCUGCUUUCUUUGCACGAGAGGAGGCAAUCCGCCAGGAAAAUAUGAAUGUCUUUAAAAAGUCUCUAGUAUUGGGAACGGUAGAACCCGUUGCCUCAAAGAAGAGAAAAACAGACGCACCGGAAAAGAAGAGCAAGAGGCGGAAGAGCCCACCAAAGCGAAAGGCGCUAUUCGAUGACAGUGAUGACGAUGCCGAGGACGCUACAAGCAGUAGAGCGACGUCUGAGGCUGCUGGAGACGUUUUGGAUGACGAAGAUGACGUUCAAGAGAAUGUUACCGACACACCACUGUCAUCACAGAACGCUGGCGCGGCAACAGCCAGCGACGCUGAUACGCCAAGAAAACCUCAGAGCAGCGUUGCAGUGAGCACUGAUGUUGCAAUGACAAACGCGGAUACAGAUGACGACGACGAUGAUGUACCAGUGGUUCGACGGCCUGCUGCACGGAAUAUGAGGGCGGGUUUUGUUAUUGACAGCGACUCGGAGUAA